UUCGUCGGCGAGCGGUCAUCAUUGAUAACUGAUUUUCCGUCGUGUACGUCGCCUCAUUGCCGCAAUAGCAUAGAAAAUCAUUGAUAUACGAAACGCACGAUUAUGCGAAUACACUCGUUUAAUCGUCAAAAUACGACCGAACGCCCGUAACCAAAAACCAAAUGUUGGUGGUUAUCAUCCAGAAUUAUUAUUCUCGUAAUACCGGAAUCACAACGCUAACUCACCAAUAGGCGAAAUCGCAAUAAAACAAUGUCAACACGCGCAAAUCGCGAUCAUAACGUUUUAUAAUACAUUUUUCUGACAUCAGUCAUGUGCUAGUCAAGGCACCUAUACGCUUUAAAUUACGAGAGAUAUAUGAUCCUAAAUACGAUAAUACGCUCGUAUUUGGAUUUUUUUUUCUAUUAACAGUGAACCCUGCAAUUUGAAAUUGCAAUUAUUAUUAUUUUAUUUUUAUUUCAUACGAUUUUUAUUUAAGCAGUCAGAGCAAACCGGGUUUUUCGACUACAACUUAAUGUCAGCUGGAAUACUGAGAUCCCAACAAUCUUAAUGUAAAGAAAACGUAACAAGAAAUGGUUUACAGUAGUUAUAUGCUCCCAGCACUGGUUAGAAAAUGCAGCACAGCAAGCAGAGAAAAAUCUUACCGGAGGACAAAAGAAAAAAAGAACAAGCACAAAUUGAAAUCUAAAUCACACAAAAAGUCUGCUCUAGUUACUUCAAGUAAACAUUUAGUUCAAUAUUCAGAUGUUAGUUCUGAAGAACUUAGUAGUCCAGAGGCAGGUGAAAUACAUAGUGAUUUUGAUGAGAAACAUGGGGUCAUACGUUUAAAACCUCCUCCUCCUACCAGAAUAAUAACUAAUAAUUUUCGAAUUACUACAGUCACCUCACCUAGAAAUCUAUUAGCAGCUUGUUCCCCUAUAAGUAAUCAUUGGGAAUUAGAUCCGGUAUUAGAAAAAUCUUCAAUGUCUACUACUUUCAAUUUAAAUAAUUGUGUAGAUAUGACAUCAGAAGUCUCACGUUUAAAGUACAAAAGAGCUAAAAAAACCAACAAAAAACCUAAAAGCCCUAGCUCAAAAAAGAAAAAAAAGAAGAAGGAUUUAAAACAUAAAUCUGAUGUAUUACCAGACUGUGAUAAUAGUUUUGUGAAGUUUUCCAAAUGUUCUAAUUCGGAAUCUUCCAAACGAAAUGGUGAUUUUAAUGAUCCUGUUAAGAAGCAUAAACCUAUCGAGGUUUCACACACUCCACCAUUAACAAAAUCAGCUCAUAUCAAAAUUUCCAAAGUUGAGGUGACGCAUAAAGAAGAAGAAAAACACAUCAAACAUCAUAGAAAAGAAAAUAAAAGUUGGAUGAAGAGCCCACCAUUAUUAAAUAUAGCAAUAAGGAAAGAAUACAGUCGUACUCCUGAACCUGCAGAUGGUAGAUAUAAUUAUCGAUCUCGAAGUAUUUCAAAACAAAAUAACCGGGACCAUAAAAGACGUAUGGAUGAGUUUGAAAGAUAUGAAACUGAUGAACUCAAAUCUAGUAGGACUCGCGACAAACACGAAAGUAAACAUGAGAAUAAACACGAGAGUAAACACGAAAGGAGUAGAAUACGGAAAACAAAAUCUGAUAAAGAUAGAUCACCAAUACAUAGUCACAGAUUAUCCCGAAGUCCGAUUCGAGAUCGUCGACACCAUGAACACACGAAAAGUUCAAAAGCAAGGUAUUCACGAUCACGUUCCCGUUCCUAUUCUCGUUCCCGUUCACCACAUUCCCCUCAUCAACAGAGACAUGAUCAUCACCAUGCACACCACUCACCAAAACAUAGUCAAAAAUCUCCUCAGCGUAUAACUUCAAAAUCAUCAAAGCACACGUCCCACGUUUCGAGAGCAGUUUCACCUCACAAUUCUCGAUCUUCAAAAAAAUCAAGUCAUGUUCGACCAAAAUAUUCACGUUCUCCAUCUAAAAAUGUUCGUACUCAAAGCAAAUCGCCUUCUCCAGUAAAGGAUUCAAAAUCUACUAAAAAGCAUUCUGAUAGUGAUUCAACUGGAUGUUAUUCUUUAGUCUCCAAGAAAAAAAAAUCUACAAAAAGUCCAGUUAAACAGUAUAAUUCCAAAGUAAAACUUAGUGAAACAAGUCUUUUUGCUGAAUUGGUAAAAGAUCGGCAGAUGCGUGAAUUAGCCAUGAAGUGUUUGACGCAAAUUAGUACUAAGACUGUAGAUGAAAAUGAAGUAGUUGAAAUACAUGAUGAUUCAGAUAAUGAACAAAAUAGUUCUAAUGCUGUUGAUUUAAAUACAAAAUUACACAAAAUUAAUGAAAACGAUGACGUUGAUUCUUGUGUAAUAAUAGAAAUAUCUGAAAACAGUCAAAUCUCUAAACCUAAAGUUGAAAUUUCUAAUACACAAUUAGUUAAUUCACCAGCUAUAGAAAUACCUCCAAAAAUUCAAGCAGUUCCUUUAAAAAAUCAAAGUCCAUCUAUCAUAAAAUUAGAGAUCAUAGAAAAUGGAAUUGAACAUUCUUUAGAACCUAAAGUAUCAUUAACUCCAAAAAUAACACCACCUGAGAAAAAAUUAGAAGUAAUAGAAAAUAAAGAUUUAUCAAAAAUGCCAUUGCCACCUGUUUUUCCAAUACUUGACGAAACAUCUCCAGAUUCAGAAUUCAAGAGUUCAAAAAAAAGCAUUAAAGAUUUACCUUUACCACCAGGACUUAUUCAAAAUGCCGAUAAGAUAGAUGAUGAUAAAAAUCUUUCUUUGUCAGAAAUCGUAUCAAAUCCUUUACCUGAUUGUCAACAAAGCGCAAUUAAAAGAUCAAUUAUGUUGGGCUUAGGAUCAGGGUUUCCACAAAGUUUUUCAUUCACUUCAAAUAUGGAAAGGCCCUCUCGUCCAUUAGAUCCAAAUAUUAAGAUUAAACGACCCAAGGUACUAUAUCGAAGACGGAGCACAAAAUCUGCUGCAGCUAAUAACCCUAUUGAUUGGGGAGAGCAGUGUGUUGAUAUGUUUGAAGUGAUAAAUCAAAUAGGUGAAGGAACGUAUGGUCAAGUUUACAAAGCAAAAGAUAAAACUUCAGGUACAUUUGUAGCAUUAAAAAAAGUUCGACUUGAAAAUGAAAAAGAAGGAUUUCCAAUAACUGCUGUUCGAGAAAUAAAAAUUUUACGGCAAUUAAACCAUAAAAAUAUUGUAAAUUUAAGAGAAAUUGUAACUGAUAAACAAGAUGCCCUUGAUUUUAAAAAAGAUAGAGGAUCAUUUUAUUUAGUAUUUGAAUACAUGGACCAUGAUCUUAUGGGUUUAUUAGAAUCUGGAAUGGUUGACUUUAAUGAAACACAUAAUGCAAGUAUUAUGCGACAAUUGUUGGAAGGUUUAAAUUAUUGUCAUCGUCGAAAUUUUCUUCAUAGAGAUAUCAAAUGCAGCAACAUCUUAAUGAAUAACAAAGGUGAAGUAAAGUUAGCUGAUUUUGGUCUAGCUAGGUUAUAUAAUGCUCAAGAUAGACAACGACCAUACACUAAUAAAGUAAUAACACUCUGGUAUAGACCACCUGAACUAUUACUUGGUGAAGAGAGGUACGGAACUUCAAUAGAUGUUUGGUCAUGUGGAUGUAUUUUGGGAGAAUUAUUUUUAAAAAAGCCUUUAUUUCAGGCCAAUGAAGAAAUGAUGCAAUUAGAAACUAUAUCUCGUUUAUGUGGUAGUCCAACACCUGCUGUAUGGCCUACUGUGAUUAACUUGCCUUUCUGGCAUUCGUUAAAAGCUAAAAAAGUACAUCGACGUCGUUUACGUGAAGAAUUUACUUUUAUGAAUGAUAGUGCCUUGGAUCUUUUAGAUCAUAUGUUAGAAUUAGAUCCCAGCAAACGAAUUACUGCUGAUAAAGCUUUAAAAUGCAAUUGGUUAAAAAAUGUUCAACCUGAUAAAAUGGACGUGACAGCACUACCAACAUGGCAAGAUUGUCAUGAGCUUUGGAGCAAAAAAAGAAAAAGAGAUCAAAGAGUACGAGAAAACCAGUCCAAAACUAACGAAUCUAGUGAACCAGCUGGAGGAAUUCCAGCUGAUCUACCAAAUAAUAAUAAUGAAAAUAAUUUAGCUGAUAGUUUUAAAUCGACCAUUGAAAAUAAUACUAAUGAAGCAGAAAGUGAUAUAGUAGCAGCACUUGCCAAUAACAAUUCAAUAAAAUCUGAUAUUGAUUCUGAAAAUCCUAAUAACAAUGUGGAAAUAGAUGAGGUGACUAGUACAACUGUUGACGUAAUUGAUGAUGUAAAUCUAACUCCACCUAUCAACGAUUUUAACCCAUGCUUAAACACUUUCCUUCCAAAAACUGGUGGAUUCUAGGUCUUUUAAUAUAUAUUUUUUUAAUUUUAUUAAUUGUCUACACUCAUAAUGGAUUUAAUUAUUAUUACAUAUAUUUAUAUACAUAUAUGUAUUAUGUAGAGUUUUUUCCCGUUUUCCUGUAUUAGUUUUAUGGGAAAAACUGGUAUAUAUAUAUAUAUAUAUGUGUAUUUUAGAUUUAUAAUAUGUAUAAUAAUUUUUUACUCGUUAUUACUUAAUAUUAUAAAAAGAUAACUAUAUGUUUAUUAUAUUUUUUUCUUAGAAAUGAUAGUUAUAUAUUUUUACAUUCAAUUUGGACACGCGUACAAUUAAGUUUAAUUUAAUGUUUUGUGUUGUAAAAAAUCCUUCAAUAUUUAUCCUUGUAAAAUUAUAAAUAUGUGUAAUUAAAUUAUUACAAUUGAAUUGUACCCUGAAAAAAUUUAUUUUACAAUGAAGCAAUCAUAUAACAACCAAACAAAUGUUUUUUGAUUCUUUAAUUGUUUUUUUGAAUAAAAAAUAAUUUACAAAAUUACUCAAUCGAAAAUCUUCAACUUUCAUAUUUGUCGAACAUAAUUAUACAAUUAAACUCAUUUGAAUGAAUUAUAAAUCUUUAGUACUGAUAUAAAAAUUUAGUUUUACCAUAAAAAUUGUUUGCCUUAAUUUAUGAGUGGUCAUACGUUCUAUACAAUCAACCAGAUUAUAUUAAUGUAGAUUUUUAAUCAAAUUAUCCUAAUUAUUAGCUGUUAAAUGUGUUAGUUUAUUUUUAACAUUAAUGAAAAAAAUAUUAUUAAAUGCCUAGGCUUAUUUAGAUUUUCAUCUAUUCAUACAUUUGAUAUGUUAUUGUUAUUAAAUACCUAAUCAACUUAUAGCAAUUGUUCAUCAGGGUAUUAAUUAAUAUUGAACUUGCUGUAGCUUUUUUUUCUCGAUAAAUUUUAUUUAUUUUAUAAAUUAGAUUUAGUUCUAAUAUUAGCUUUAAGUAGUUGUAUGUUUAAUUAUAUCAUCAUUAUGUACUGAUACAAAUUGUAAAUAUUUUUGUUAGAUCUAUUACUUGAACUGUUCAUUUGUGGUAGAGUAUAAUAUACUAUAUUAUACAUAUACAUAUUAUUAUAUAUUAUAUUUUUUGAAUGAAAGGUAUUAUUGUUUCAAUUUUUUACAGUAAGUAGUAUUAAGAGAAAAAUGUUUAAGCUAAAAUGACUUGAGAAAAUAAUAUUUUGCGAACAAUUAGUUCAAAUUUAUGCUUGAUGUACUUGUUGUUAUGUGUGUAUAAUAUUGUAUAUUUUUUAAUAUAACAUUAAAAAGAACUAAAAAAAUAUUUCUAAUUUUGUUCUCUUCCACAAAUUUUGGGAUUAGUUUGAGGGUGUAUUUAAUUUUUGAGAGAAGUAUAAUAUGUCAUUCACAAUGAUGUUCUACUCAAUUUUUAAAUCAUAAUAUAUUGUUGGAAAUGUAGACAGGUAAAUUAUUGAAAUGUUUUUUUUUUCACUUCAAAUAAAAAAAAAAAAAUUAAAUAUUAUAUUAAUUUUUAAUCAACAAUUUGAAAUAUAAUUGAUGCAUUUGUUCAUUAAUUUUAUUUUAAUAAAUUAAAUUUGAAUGUAUUUGUCAUGAUUAUUUUUUGUUUUGCGACAAGUAUUAAUUUCUGUUUUAGUCAACUCGCUUCUUUAUUUCAAGAGACUGGAAUUAUAUGCAUUUAUCAGAUUAUUUUGGUGUACAAAAUUUAUUCGGUUUGAAAUGCCUAUUACUUAUAUCACACUGAAUUUCAGCUGAAACACCAAAUUUUAUUUCAUAUAUUUAGAGGAUUGUUCCAUAUUGAUUAAUAAAUGCAUAUUUGACAAGAAAUAAUUAAUAAAUCAACAUAUUAAAUUUAAAAGAGAACUUUUAUACAUUUUAAAACAAAAUAUUCUCUACAAGUAUUGUAAAAAUGUCUACAUCUGUAAUACAAACAGUAAAUGUUCUUGUUGGAAAAUUAGUUAAUUCAUGCUAAUAUUAAAAGUUCAAGUCUUUUGUAAAUUAAUUUUUUAUAUUUUACAUAAAUACUAUAACAUUAUAAUCUCAAAAUUAAUUAUUUUAUACAUUGUAAACUAUAUAAUAUAAUGAUGAAAUAGCAUGUAUAAUAGGAACUGUUUGUAAUGACACUGGUUAUAAUAAAUUAAAGGUUUUUGCAAAACUUUUAUAUUGUAUGUAUUAAUCUGUAAUGAUUUUUAUGAUGUGUAUUUAAUGACAGUAGGGAUGUUAUGAUGGUUACUUUUGGUUAAAUUAGAAAAUAUGUAUGAAUACCAAAGUAUAAUUUUUAUACAAAGUACAAACUAAGAUAACAAUUUUUUUUUAAUAUAAUGUAAAUUUAAUUUUUAAUAAUAAUUCUUUUAAUUUGUUUUUGUUUUGUAAGUCACAUUUCAGUGAUAAAAAAAUAACACAUUAAUUAAUUGUAAAAUAAUAUUAUGUUCAUAUAAAUAUAUAAUUGAGUUUUUCAA